AACUGAACCCAUUCAAUUACGGGCGAAUUUUGCGAAGUUCGUGCCAUUUUACUGCGACCUUUUUUGCCUGAUUACUUCAUGAACAGGUAUGGACAGUGUGUGACUACUUGUGGCUGCAAUCUGCUUCAAUCGGACACUGCGCUGAGCGUCGACUUGAGGAUAGCUGUCGAUUCCUACGCCCGGAGAGUGUUGUACGCCAGCAAGUGUCCAAGAGCAAACGUAGUUGUUUGAUUAGUUUAUUUCGUUGAUUGCUGCCAUGGACGAAGAUCGGCGAGAUCGAACUCUCUGGUGCGGGAAUCUGGAUCCCAAGGUAACGGAAGAGCUUCUGCGCGAGCUGUUUGUCCAGGCUGGACCCGUGGAAGACGUAAAAAUUCCAAAGGAUAACAAUGGACGCUCAAAAAACUUCGCUUUCGUCACAUUUGUUCAUUCGGAAUCGGUCGGCUACACCAUAGCACUUAUGGAUGGCGUUUCGCUCUACCGCCGACGGAUUAGAAUGGAACGGAGGCCGAAAGCAGCCGUCGAUGACACAUACGUGAACAUGAUGGAAAGGCACUACCAGUACAUGAAUUCCGUCAGAGCGGGCGCAAACUUUCACCCCCCUGGUAGCAUGUGGAGCUCUUCGUGCGCACCCCAACACGAAAUGGAGCAGAGAAAUCAAAUGCCCAUGGACAUGCCAUUUCCUUCCGAGCGUUCGUUUGGGUAUGAAAGUGCCCGAAAUGGACCUCAUGCAUACCCGCCUGGCAAUGAUUCCAAGUGCUACGACCGUUACUAUGGUCAAGAUCGCCAUGGGCAGCAAGAUCGCUACGAUCGGCAAGGUCGUCACUUUGGGGCAGCCGACCCCUACAGAGAAUCAUUCAGAGAAUUUCGCUGUGACAAAGAAGAUGCUGACAGGCAUAACAAGCACCGUGGGCGAAAUGGAUACGACAGAAGAUAUGAGGAGACUAGAUACAGAAGGUUUGAAGACCGAGGUGACUACCACGCAAGGAGACGCCGUUACUGACAGCGCACCUUGCUAAACCACCACUACCACCUCUGCUGGCUGUGUGUGUGCAAUUGGUUGUUUCAUUUGCUCUCAUUGUUCAUACAAAGAUCAUUUAUCCACAUUUGUGCUGCAGGCAUGGCAUUAACAGUGUACUUAAAAAAUUUGAUAUUUGGUCAGAUUUGCAAUAUCUCUUCUCACCAGUUGGAACAGAUUCACAGAAACACAAAGCCAUUUGUAGUGCUGGAACAGGCUUUCGUAUGGGCAGUGAAUGCCAUCCUAGGAGGUACUGGGCAGUGUUUUGCUCACAUUUAGUUCACUGUGUAAUUUGUUUGCUGAUGACAUGCAGAGAUUUGCAUGUCGUCAAAAAUAACAGUUGUUGUGUAACAUAUGUGAGAUAGUGAUAUUACCGCCUGUGUUAUUGUUCACAGCUAGGUAGUGACCUCCUUUAUUGUAUAGCCUUGAAAUGUGCUCUGAGGCACAAGUUUUGUCGGGUUAUUUACGGAGCUGUAACAUCUAGCAUGUUGCCCAUGAAAUUUUUAUGAGGCCUUUUGUUUGGCAUGACACUACCGUGAAAAUUCUUGGUAUCAAGAGCUGAACAAAUUUAAGGCAAUUCUUGGUCAUGUUAACUAGAUUAACAAAGUUUGGAAUGAGAGGUUCCUUAUUUAAGGCUCAUAAAAUAAAGGCUAGCUCCCUUGAAUCUACUGCAAUUGUUCUCAUCCCCUUGGCAUGUUUACAAAGUGUGCAUUGCAGGUAACUGGAAUGAAAUUGUACCUGUGCAACGGCUUGUGAUGCAUAAGUUCCUCAUUGCAAUUGUGAUGCAUUUCACCCAAGUGUGGUGCAUGGCAUUGCAAACUGUCUUUGAAUGUAGAGAGGAGGGACUCUCUCAGAGAGUAGUCCUAGAUGAGGAAUAUGCUCUGGUACAAACCAUUUCAUCUUUUCAGACUUGACACCUGUCAUCUUAAUCGCCACAUAGUUGUUAUUGUUAAAUGCAAUAUGCAGAGUCUCAGUGGGCUUCAGCUUCAUCUCAUACACGAUGUAACAUCUUCACUCUGCACUCAGGCAAUCAUUGGUUCGACAUACAUUUGGACUUGGCCAAUUGUCACUACAACUUAUCACUAAUUUUUAAACACCAUCAUGUAUCUUUAAAAAAAAGAAGAAACUAAAAGUACCUGAGCAUACUGCUGUAUAUAUAUAUUAUUUUUUUUUGUAGUUGCUCAUCAUCGGAUCUCACUUUUAUUUUUGGGAACAUGACCAGUAAGCUCAAAAUACAUUCUUGUGCCAACUGUUAUGGUUUUACUUGGAAGUAUCUAUUUGAAUAUGUAUCGAUUAUUUUUAUUUUGAAAAUUGUGUGAAGUGUCUUGGCAACUUGAAUGUCGGAAAGUGAUCAUGAAAAGUAGUUAAUUGAACUAACUGAUUUGCUGGAUUAUUGCGGCCUUAUUUCAGGCACAGGGAUCAUGGUUUAUGUUUGUGGAACACGAAUGUCUUAAUAAAGAUGACAGCUCUACUUUUUU